AUGUGGCGAACCCGAAAUCAGGAUUUUUAUUAUGAGUUUCCAGUGGCGAGCUGCAAAGAAUUUUCUCAAGUCUCCGGCCUCGCAGGUGCAGAGCUGGAUUCUCAGCGUUUGACCCCUGUGCUCUUUGCAAAUUGCCUUGUCAUAGGCCUCUCUGCGGCGUUGACAGGCUAUGACCAUGGUGCAGCUAGUGGCGCCCUGCAGAAUCUGGUGGCCUUGAAAGGUUUGAGGCGACAAAGGCGCUUUGGACCACUUUUGCAGGGAUGGGUUGUAGCUUCUGCUUGGGUCAGCAACAUCAUUGGAAACUUGAGUGGCUACUACAUGCCUACCCCACGUAUUGCACUGAUCGUGGCAGGGCUCCUGGAGAUGCUUGGCAGUCUUCUCACUGGCUUUGCUCCAACUUUGUGGGUUCUGAUUCUGGGACGCUUGGUGAAUGGCUUCGGGCUGGGCCUCAACGGAGUAGCAGUCGCGCAAUAUGUCAGCGAAGUUGCUCCUCCACAUGCCAGAGGGGGAGCCAUCGCAGUUCAAGAGACGACCUUUGUGUCCGGUGCCUUCAUAGGAGCGUUAGUGGGCCAGCACUUCCUGCGCAUUCGUCAUGGGUGGCGCACGAUUUGGGGUCUUGCAGCCUUCUUUGGUGGCCUAGCCACAGUCACUAUGCUGCGAAUGCCUGAUACACCCAGGUCCAUCUACCGACGUGCGGCGCGGAUGGCUGCAGCUGAGACCUCACAGACGCCGGAGGCUGCACAGAGGCACUUGCUGCAAGUGCUUGAGGAAGCUCGCAGAGAGGCAAUGAGCACUAUGUGCCAGCUCCGUGGUAUUGAGUUUCCGGACCAGGCGAUGCUUUCUGAGCUUGAGGGCAUCGAGCGAACGUAUGUCUCUGAGCUGAACUUGCUGGGGCGAGCAGCUUCCUCCGAAGGGGCUCAGGAAUGGUGGCAAGAAGAGCUACCUUUAUUGGAGAUUCUCAGGUCGCCAGUGCAUUUGCGCUUGCUUCUUGCAGGGUGUGCAGCCAAUGCUUUGCCGGCCCUCUCUGGUUCAGAGGCUCAGAUGAACUAUGCUGGCCAGAUGUUCCGCAUGGUGGGCUUCCACUACCAGGAUGCAGCGACAGCUGGUGUGGCCAUGUAUGCACUCAAAUUGGCGAUAGCAGCUCCGAGCUUCCUGUGGUUGGAUGCCAUUGGCCGACGAAAGUUGCUUUCCUUUGGUUUGACAGGAGUCACAGCUUGCUAUGGCCUGUCUGCCGUUGGUCUUGGCCUGCAUAGCCCAGGCCUUGCUGGCGCGGGGCUUUUGGCAUCUCAGGCCAUCUAUCAAAGCUGCGUGGGCCCAGUGACAUGGAUAGUAAGCUCGGAGCUCUACCCGUCUGACAUGCGUGCACGUGGUUGUGCUUUGGCUUCAGCUACUUUCUCCACCAGCACUCUCCUGUCAGUGCAGUUCCAUCCAUUGUUGAUCUCGAGGGGUCCGUUCACAGUCUUCGCCACUUAUGCUAUGACAGCACAGGCUGCUUGGUUGCUGACGCGGGUAACUGUGCCUGAGACCAAAGGCAGAACGUUGGAGGAGAUCCAAGACGAAGCUUUUCAAGGCCGUCUUUUCAGGCGCACAUCCAUGUUCGAGGCGGGCUCAAUCUUGGGCAUUCAGCCUGAGCCUGACGCAGCUGGGUGA